AUGGAAUUCGUAAGCUAUCAAGAUGACUCCUCCAAGAGCUCCAGCGAAGAAAUUGAUCGAUCAUCUGAGCAGAAUGAUGACAUGGUGGGAACUGGCAGAUCCUACGAGUGUGUGUUUUGUAAAAGAGGCUUCACAACCGCACAAGCUUUGGGUGGUCACAUGAACAUACACAGAAAAGAUAGAGCCAACAAAGCCAAACCCAAUUUUCCUCCUUCAAGUUCAAGCAAGGUUGAUGAGAAUAGUUAUGCAGAUCUUGGGUUUUAUUCAGCAAUUAAUCCAACCCAUCUUGCAAAGGGGAAUUACUAUUCCGCUGCUCCUGAUCGAGAGGUAGACACUAAUUACAAUUACUACCAUCAAAUAUAUCUUCCUUCACACACAUGUGGUGCUAGACCUUCACAUGUACAAUAUAGUGAGGUGUUGUGUGUAGAGAACCAAAGGGAACCUGAGUUCCUAUUUGGACAAGAUUGGAGGCAGAGGGGUUUGAGCUUGUACACUAACCCUUUAUGUGUACAUGAAAAUAAAGACAAGAUAGAAAACAACAGUGAAGAGGAUGACCUGGAUUUGGAGCUUAGACUUGGUCAUCAUCCAUAG